AUGAAAUGUCGUCUCCAUCUUCAUCCAGAAUCGUCUACAUUCAACCAUCAAGACCUACCCAAAUCGAUAGACUGUAAAAUAUGGUUCCCUUCGCCCAACGAUGGACACGGUUUAGUUGUGGAACUUUUAAAGCUCAACGUGCCUUGUAAUAAAGGCUUUAUUCACUUUGGCGGUACCAAUCAGACACAGUACCAACAUGGCAGGAACUUACAUAAACUUUGCGGCAAACUGGAAGAACUUCCAGAUUCGGAUCGUAACAUCUACUUUCCAGAAACCAGUAAAUCGUUGCCGUUCAUGCACGUACACGGAAAGCCGACCUUUGCAAUAUCGUAUCGUUUAGUGGAUUAUUGUUACAACAUCACUUUCAUGGACAAAGACGGCACCGUCGAGCUGAAACCUUCUGGACAGCUGCAGUGCACGUUUCGCAUUUACAUGCCCUACGGAAAUAGAGUUGCUUUGAAAUUGCAAAUCGGAGAUAGCAAAGUAAAAGAAGACCCAAACAACAACGUCCAACUAAACUUCCAAGACACGAAAAACGGCGAACUUCCUCAUUGCCAGCAAGGCUUGCUGACUCAACUACACGACGGUGACUCGGAUUGGUCGCACUGCACGAAAACCGGCGAUCGCGAAAGGCAAAUCGAAUUCGUAUCGAAAGCCAACAAAAUCGUCCUGAAGGCGACGCGCGAUUCGGUCGAAACGUCCGCGUCGAAACUGCGCAUGUCGUACCGCGCAGUACCGGUGCCGGAAAUAGUCGGUUCGUGCGAGUUCGGCUGGGUAGCCGUCCGGCAAUUUUGCGUUUCGGCUCGGGAUUCGGUCAAGAUGUCUUGGCCGAAGGCCGAGGGCGAGUGCGUUAGACUCGGAGGACAUUUGGUCAGUGUGAGAAGCGAGAGGGAUCAGAAGAUUUUGGAUAAUUUGUUAACGAACAGGUAA